CUCGCCACCACACAGCUGCGAGCAGGCAGUAGCUUAAGCGGAGGGCGCAGUGUUGCAGUGCAAUAAUCUGGCUCACUCGCAGCUAGCUUAUCGGUGCAGCUGUUGACUGGCAGCAAGUCCACUGAAACUGCGCCCACUCUCCUCCGUCCAUCCCGCCGGAGGAACGGCCAAGAGGGGCAAAUGAACGAGCUGGUGAAGAGUUUACCCUCCCCGACUCUGCCCGGGCUGCACCUCCCGUGUGUGGAUGCCCACAAAGGCUGGCUCUUUAAAUGGACCAACUACCUAAAGGGCUACCAGAGGCGGUGGUUCGUCCUCAGUAACGGCCUGCUGUCCUACUACAGGACUCAGGCUGAGAUGGCACACACUUGCCGUGGUACAAUUCCCCUGGCGACGGCGCACAUCGAGGUGGGUGACACCUGCCACUUGGUGUUAACCAGUGGAGGCCGGAGCUACCACCUGAAGGCCACCUCGGAGGGAGAGUGUCAGAAAUGGGUGUCAGCACUGCAACAGGCCAAAUCCAAUGCCACUCUCUUGAUGCAUCACUCAGAUGACUCGGGAGAUGAAGCCCCUGUACAUCAGGAAGAUCGUACUCUAACCCAAGGGGUGCUUAAGACUCUGGCCAGCAAGCUAGAUGACCUGAGCACCUGUAAUGAGCUGAUAGGAAAGCAUGGUGCAGCUCUCCAGCGCUCCCUCAGCGAACUCGAGGACCUGCGCGCGUCCACUGACAGCACAGACAAAGUGAAAGCUGUUAACGAGCGAGCCACCCUCUUCCGCAUCACCUCCAAUGCUAUGAUCAAUGCUUGUCGUGAUUUUGUGGACGUGGCAGAAUCUCACAGUCGGAGGUGGCAGAAGGCCCUGCAGCAUGAGAGAGAACAGCGCCACCACCUGGAGGAGACCAUCGAACAGUUAGCCAAACAGCACAACAGCUUAGAGAGAGCCUGGAGGGAGAAUCCCACCUCAUAUACAGGUGUGGAGCGGUCUCAGGAGGGCGAUGCGAGCGAUGAGAAUGACGAGGCAGAGUUCUUCGAUGCCAUGGAGGACUCACCUGCGUUCAUAACUGUGACUGCUACUGGUAACAUAGAGCACAAGCGCUCAGGAAGUAAUCAGAGUAUGAUGAGUGGAGGAUUGCCCAAUGACUGGACUCACAAUGAGAAUGACACCUCAGGCACAAACCACAUGCAGCUACAAAGAACAAGGCGCAGUCGUAUUCCUGACAAACCGAAUUACUCCCUUAACCUGUGGAGCAUCAUGAAAAACUGCAUUGGGAAAGACCUGUCCAAGAUACCCAUGCCUGUAAACUUCAAUGAGCCGCUGUCGAUGCUGCAGCGUCUGACUGAGGAUCUGGAGUACAGUGAGCUUCUGGACCGGGCAGCUCGCUGCGACUCACCCCUGGAGCAGAUGUGCCUGGUGGCUGCCUUUUCUGUCUCCUCCUACUCCACCACAGUCCAUCGCACAGCCAAGCCCUUCAACCCUCUGCUGGGGGAGACUUACGAGCUGGAUCGUUUGGAGGAGUAUGGUUAUCGCUCCAUCUGUGAGCAGGUGAGUCAUCAUCCACCAGCUGCUGCCCACCAUGUGACGUCUCAGCGAGGAUGGACCCUGUGGCAGCAUAUCACUAUCGAUAGCAAAUUUCGUGGGAAAUAUAUUUCUGUUGUGCCGUUAGGAAACAUUCACUUGCAGUUCCACUCAAGUGGAAACCACUAUGUGUGGAGCAAAGUGACUUCAACGGUGCACAAUAUUAUUGUAGGGAAGCUCUGGAUUGAUCAGUCUGGGGACAUUGACAUUGUGAACACCACUACCAAGGACACCUGCCGUCUCAAAUUCUCCCCCUACAGCUACUUUUCCAGAGAAGUCCCACGCAAAGUGACAGGAGUGGUAGAGGACCGAGAGGGUACGGCCCAUUACAUCCUAUCGGGGACCUGGGAUGACAAGAUGGAAAGUGCCAAAAUAGUGGAUAGCAGCCAAGGAUGCGGUGGCUCUGAAGGCAAACAAAAGACCGUUUAUCAGACUCUUCCGCCCAAACUGCUGUGGAAGAAAUAUCCCCUCCCAGAAAAUGCAGAGAACAUGCACUUUUUCUCCACCCUGGCUCUGACUUUGAAUGAGCCAGAAGAGGGUGUUGCACCCACUGACAGUCGUUUGCGGCCAGACCAGCGGCUCAUGGAGGCGGGUCUGUGGGAUGAAGCCAACAGCCAGAAGCAGCGUCUAGAGGAGCGACAGAGACUGGAGAGGAAAAGAAGGGAGGCGCAAGCUAACCAGGCCCUGGAGGAGGGUCAAGACAUUGAGGGCUACCAGCCACUGUGGUUUGAGAAGAGGACAGAUGAGACAGGAGAAAGCUCCUUUAUCUAUAAAGGCGGCUACUGGGAGGCCAAAGACAGACAAGACUGGAGCCACUGUCCUCAGAUCUUCUAGAACAAAAUGCCUCUCACGCCGCAGCAUUAGACAGACUGAGAGCUUCCUCACGAUGUGAAGAAACUCUAAAGGAUGGGGAGUUGUAUGUAAGAGUUUGGAUGUGCAUGUGCGAGUGAGACAGCUGAUCUCUCCGGGAAUUUCAAGCACAAAAACCUCUGGUUCCACUUCCUAAUUUACUUGCUCCUGCUCAGCGUUUCCAAAAUGCAUGGCCUCAGAUUAAGAGAGUUAAGAGUUCCUAAUGUGUGCGAGUGUGUGAGUAAUAUGUGCACUAAAGGGAUUUCGCUAAAGGAUUAACUCUAGGCUUCAUGUGGAUGUUUGGAUACAAGCUGUGAAUGCCUUGUUUCCUUCAAAACUGGAACUACUUGCUGAGCUCUGGCAGUGAUUUUAAAAGAACUGAAGAAGACUUCAUUUACUGAUCCCCGUGAUUUCUUGGUAUUUUAUUAUUAAUCUGUUUCUAAAAAUGGCACAAAUUUUAUUUUGAAAGGAUUGACAUUUAUUAUCUGUAUUGACUGGCCUCUAAAGAAAUUACAGUAUGUGUCCAAUUCUUUCAAAGGUGCCCUCCACCACUGUUACAUUUAAGUCAGUAGCAGAGGGCACCACACCCCCUCUGAAAGCACUUAAAUAAUGUCUUCACUGGCCCUGGAGAAGCUUGAGUUGAGUUGGAAAAAAUUACUAAAGCAACAUACACUAUAUUGCCAGACAUUUUCAGUCACCCAUCCAAAUCAUUGAAUUCAGGUGUUCCAAUCCCUUCCAUGGCCACAGGUGUAUAAACCAAGCACCUAGGCA